AUGACCUCAGAAACUGGUAACACGCAAGGACGUGAAUCCGAUGACGAAGAGCAAUUUUCGGAAAGCUGUCAAUUGAUUCGUACUAGAAGACAAGAGGCACAAAACGAUGAAGCGAAUGAAGAUCUGCCGGAAAUGCAAGAAAACAAAGAAGAUAUAUCAUUAUUAUGGUUUGACAAGAAUUUAAAUUCGAAUAUUAAGGAUAUUAAGUUAACAAAAGAUCUACUUCGACAAAUUAACAAUUACGUUUUAUUUUUUACGAAUCAAAGCGAAUGUUUGAAAUAUAUUCAACAAGUAAAAAAUGAGAAAAUACUUUUGAUUAUCUCCGGAUCAUCUACAAUUGAUAACGAAUUUUUAAAACAAAUCCAUGAGUUUCGCCAAAUCGAUUCGUUGUUUAUAUUUUGCGUCGAAAAAGAGAAAUACGAACAAUUAUUAUCAAAUAUGAAUUAUCAAAAAAUAAUUGGUAUUUUUACUGAUCAAGAAACUUUAAUGAGAACUAUACGUCAUACAAUCAAAUUAAUCGAACAACAAUCUUCAGUAUUCAUUUUAUAUAAUCACACACAAAAAACAACACGUAAUUUAGCAAAUGAAUCAGGUUCAUUUAUCUGGCAUCAGUUAUUGAAAGAUGUAUUGCAGAGAAUGCCGAUAGAUGCGAUAGCUGGAAAACGUGAAAUGCUUGAUAUAUGUUACAAAUAUUAUCGUGAUAAUAAAAGAGAAUUGCAAAAUAUUCAACAAUUCGAAAAAACUUACACAUCCGACGAUGCUAUUCGAUGGUAUACAAAAGAUGGUUUUAUCUAUCGUUUGAUCAAUAAAGCCUUACGAACAGAAGACAUUGAGGUUUUGCAUACAUUUCGAUAUUAUAUUAAUGGCCUUUCGGCCUGCCUUGGCAGAGAUUAUGAAUUACGGAAACAACGUCAAACAGAAACUCUGAAAUUAUAUCGAGGUAUCACGCAAACAAACGACGAAAUUCAGCGAUUACAGACAAGUAUUGGUAAAUUAAUAUCGACGAAUGGAUUUUUUUCCACCACUAAAAACAAAAGAGUAGCUGAAAUGUAUGCUGGCAUCGGAUGUAACAAUUUUAAAUACGAAUCUUUAUUAUUUGAGAUCGAUAUUGACAUGCAAACGCAUACACACUGUAUCUUCGCGGAUGUUAGUUGUUACAGUCUGUUUUCUGACGAGCAAGAAGUUCUUUUUGAUCUCGGCACUGUGUUUGAAAUUGCAUCAGUCGAUUACAAUUCGACUGAUCAAUAUUGGAUUUGUCAAAUGAUGUCUACCAAUCGAGGUCUUCAGAUAGCUGAAGAAUAUUUAACACUUCGAAAAAGUGAGAUGACAAGUGAAGACGUUGACUUAAGUGUUUUAUUCGGCCAUUUAUUAUAUGAUAUGGGAGAAUACAACAAAUCGCAAAAGUAUUUUGAGAAUUUGUUUGCCGAUCGAGGUAACGACGCCAAUGUCUAUCUAGGUAUUGGCCAUGCUCAGUAUAUUAGAGGUGAACAUCAAGAAGCGAUUAAAAGUUACAAACGAGCAUAUGAUGUAUGUGAUUCAUCAGACUUUUUAUUAAUUGCAAAAUUAUUAAACUAUCUGGGAUUUGUUCAUAAGCACAAUAGAGAGUAUGAUAUUGCUUUUAACUGUUUAUUUGAUGCACUGAAUAUUUUAGACAAAAACAAAUCCAGUGACCAGUCUCACAGACUUCGUGCCGACAUUUUCAAAAAUAUUUCCGAACUAUACAUAUGUGUUGGGAAGAUCAUAAAAGCUUUGGAAUAUGCUGAUGGCGCACUUAAUAUAAUUGAAAAAUUAGUGCCGUGUCCUCAUCUCGAUCUAAUCGAAGCGCUCACGUCCGUAGCUCUUGCUUAUUGA